UGGUGAAACCGACUUGACUCUAAAAUAUGUGAAUAAUUCCCCAAAGAUUCUUAAUUCAAAAAAGUUAUAACUAAUAAUACUGGGAUAUUAGAAUUUACAUUCUUAUACACGAACUUGGCAUCCCUAACGGCUAAACGAGAUUUGCUUAUUAUAGAAGUUAAUAGAUUGAAACCAACUUGUAUCAUCAUUACUGAAACACACUUAAAACCAUCGAUAGAAUUAAAGGAACGGGCUGGGGAGGAGUCGCUAUAUACAUAUCUCAUACGCUUUACGGCAGACCCAUACAAGUAAUCCCGCACCCGAUUUAUAACUCUCACCCCCAGGUCGAGGCAUUGUGGCUAAACUUGAAAUAUGAAAGUUUUUUAUUUACAAUUGCAGGAAUAUAUCGCCCAACACAUUACACGUUUGAAGAAACUGAUAGAAUAUUAUUUGAAACAAUUAAUCAAGCUUCUAUGGAUCCCAACCCUUUGAUAAUAAUGGGUGAUUUUAACUUGCCUGACCUCAAGUGGCCGUUGGAUGAUGUUGAUACCGAUAAGUACAAUACACUACAUGCUAACUUUCUUGAUAUGUUUGUAAACAGCAACCUAAACCAACUAGUGACCGAAAUAACAAGGAAGCGAAAUAGCGAGGAAUCUUUACUUGACCUAAUUAUGUGCAACGAAGAAAACCUUUGUACUAAAGUACAAUACUACCCUAAUAUAGGAAAAAGCGACCACCUAGUACUCCUAGCAACAUUACAGAUUGAGCUAAAAUCAAACAGACGUACCUGUACGCAACAAGUAAGAAGAAACUUUUUUAAAGCUGAUUUUCAGGAAAUCAUGAACACUAUAAACACAUCAGAUUGCACAGACACGGUCAACAUCGACGAAGCUUGGAAACAAUUUAGGUCGAAAUCACACACUGCUAUCGAGGCCCAUGUACCAUUGUCAACUAAAAACAAAAAGAUAAAUGUAAAUAAACCAUGGAUAACAAAGCAAGUACUAGAACAGGUCGAAAAUAAAUUAAAACUUUGGAAAGAGUAUAAAUCAAAUGGCUGUGAAAAAUCAUAUAAAGCAUAUAGAACUGAAAAUAAUAAACUGGUGACAUUAGUCAGGAAAUUAAGAGCGGAAUUUGAAAGAGGAGUAGUGAACUGCGGUCCAAAAUCGUUUUAUAGUUACAUUCGUAAGCAGCUAUCCUCUGAGGUAUCCGUGCCUCCUUCACUGAGAGAUGAGAAAGGGGAUAUCACGAACGAUCAGAAAGUUGUCGCCGAGCUUUUUGCUGAUCAAUUUGAGAAAUCCUUUGUUCGUGAACCAGCACACAUGGACAUUCCGGACGUUCAGAUGCCUCGUGUAGAAAAUUCAAUCGAAUCAGUAUGCUUCACGCCUGGGAACGUGGCAAAAACGUUAGCAACAUUUAGCGACUCCACCUCAAUGGGCCCGGAUACUCUACCCUCUAUUUUUCUUAAAAAGUGCAGUAGCGUGCUUGUCCAUGAGCUGGCUUAUAUAAUGAAUUUAUCCCUCAAGAAUGGAACCCUACCUCGAGACUGGAAGGAAGCACAUGUCACUCCCAUAUACAAGAAGGGUGAUAAGUUUGUUGCUGCUAACUAUCGUCCGAUCAGCCUCACAAGUAUAGUCUGCAAAACUAUGGAAAAAAUUAUAGUCACUGAAUUGCGAAAUUUCAUAAGUAAAGAAAAUGUAAUUAUCAACGAGCAGCAUGGCUUCAUACCGAAAAGAUCCACAGUGACAAAUCUUCUUGUAUGUCUUGAUAAGUGGACACGUGACUGGGACAAUCGUCAGCCUACGGACGUCAUAUACUUAGACUACGAAAAGGCAUUUGAUCGUGUACCUAUUCGAAGGCUUAUUGCGAAAUUGGAGCACUUUGGGAUUCGUGGUCAGCUCCUUGAAUGGAUAUCGGACUUUCUAACCCACAGGAUAUUUAAAGUAAGAGUAGGGGAAACUCUAUAAAAUGCACACAACGUCUAUAGUGGUGUUCCUCAGGGAUCAGUGCUUGGACCAAUCCUGUUUGGCAUAUUUAUAACAGAUUUGAAGAGUGUAGUACAGUCGGAACUGUCA